AUGAACCUUUUUUCCAGGUCGGUUUUGGGUAAACGCAUUUUUAAAAAUGGCAUGCAUAAGGCAGUGGCAUUACAGGCAUCUUCGAAAUCUUCAAAUCCGGCAAUGCAAUUCCCUUGUCUUGAUAAGAUGGAGGAGUUAUCCGAGCAGCUUAGAAACAAACACGGAACUUGCUCAAGUGUAGAUGCAACCUCAUCGCCAAACAACGAACCCAAUUAUGGGAAAGUACGAUCGGGAUUCAAGCUGUACAAAUCGAACCAACCGUUGUUUUUGGACUACGGCGGAGUUUUACCAAAAUUCCAAAUAGCAUAUGAGACGUGGGGGAAUCUCAACAAAGAUGCAUCCAAUGCAGUUCUCAUUCACACGGGACUUAGUGCGUCUUCGCAUGCCAAGUCAUCGCCGGACAAUUCACAACCAGGUUGGUGGGAACAAUUCAUAGGCCCAGGAAACGCCAUGCUAGAUACAAACAGAUUUUUUGUUAUCUGUACAAACGUCUUGGGGGGCUGCUAUGGAUCCACGGGCCCUUCAUCUCCAGAUCCAGCUGAUAAUUUACCAUACGCGACCAGAUUUCCAAUGCUGAGUGUCCAGGAUAUAAUCAGAGGCCAGCAAAGACUCGUAAAAGAACAAUUUUGUAUUGAAAAGCUCUAUGCCUCUGUCGGGUGCUCUAUGGGUGGAAUGCAGUCUUUGGCAUACGCUCAACAGUUUCCUCAAGCAGUUGAAAAAGUUGUGACUGUAUCCGCUUGUGCUAGGUCGCACCCUUCCAGUAUCGCUAUGAGGCACGCACAAAGACAAGUGCUUAUGGCAGACCAGCACUGGAAGCGAGGAUUUUACUACCCAAGUGAUGAAGAGCCAAAUAGAAUUCUCCCACAUGUGGGUAUGAAACUUGCGCGUGAGAUCGCUACCGUGACUUACAGAUCAGGGCCAGAGUGGGAAUCAAGGUUUGGUACCGAACGUCUUAACGAGGACAUCCCUCCAGUGCUAUGUCCCGACUUUUUAAUCGAAACCUACCUUGAUCACCAAGGCGAGAAGUUUUCGCUCGAAUACGAUCCCAACUCUUUUCUCUAUCUUUCGAAGACUAUGGACCUCUUCGAUCUAUCUCAAAGUCAUCAGGAUAGAAGCAACCGGAGAAGAGCGGAGGCCCAACGCGCUCUUGAGAAAAGUGACGUCGAGGACAAACCUCCAAGGCUUUGCGACGAACCCUAUGAAGCGACGAAGAAAAGAAGGACCACCACUGUUGAAGAAGCGCGCGAAGAUCUCCGAAAGGGCAUGGAACCCAUCAUUGGAAAAGAACUUUUGGUCGUGGGAGUGAAGUCCGAUGGGCUUUUCCCUUAUUGGCAGCAGAGAGAAAUUGUCGAUUUGUUAGGCGGCGACAAAAACAUCGAACACGUCGAGCUCGACGAAUCCCAAUCUUUGUUUGGGCACGAUACAUUCCUGCUUGACCUCGAGCAUGUAGGUGGGAGCAUUGGGAGAUUUUUGAAGAAUGAUUUCUGA